AAUCAACUAAGUUCUCAUUGUCUGUAAUUACCCCUGCGCCUUCGCACCUUACACAGGGGCACCUUCAUAUUUACACAUUAACCGAUCUAUAUUCAGGCUUCCACUCUUCCUACAUCUUCCAACAGAAAAAGAAGCAAUUUCAGAAUGACUUCGAAGUUGCCUAUGUUUCCUUGCAAUACUUGCUCUAUUACUUUCAAAACUAGCGAGCUUCAGCGUUCGCAUAUGCGACAGCCUUGGCAUGUACAUAAUCUAAGGCGUCGUUUAGCUGAAUUACCAGCAUUAUCGGAAGAACAGUAUGAUACAGAAGCCAAGAGCCAGGAAAUAAUCCCUCGACAGAAGGACAUCGAUGAGAAAGGGAAAAAGCGAAUCUCCUCAUGCGAUGCCGAAGUCGAAUCUGAUUCCAUUUCAGAAGAUAUACCUGAGGCUGAAUAUAAGAUCUCUAAGAAGAUUCCUCCAACGCAAUGCCUCUUCUGCAACCUAGACUUGCCGACUCUUAAUGCGAAUAUAGACCAUAUGUCAUCCCUACAUGGCCUUUUCAUCCCCUCACCAGAGCAAUUAUCAGACAUGGAAUCUUUCCUUGGAUACCUUGCAAUCAUUAUAUUCGAAUAUAAUGAAUGUCUCUAUUGCGGUCUAGAGAAAGGCACUGUGGAUGGGGUGCAGACACAUAUGCGAGAUAAGGGCCAUUGCAUGAUCAAGAUGAACGCAGAAUCUGAGCUUCUUGACUUUUGGGAGCUUUCCGAUAGCGGGGAUGAAGGCCAAACCGAAGAUGUAGAGCGUACGAAGAGUGCUGCAAUCAAGCUAUCUGGGACAGAAAUGAGGCUUCCUUCUGGGGUUGUUAUCAAUUCUCGCUCUGAUGCUACUCAGAUUCGUACUAAACCGGGACUUGCACAAUCGAGGACAAAAGAUUCGCAAUAUAGAAUCAAGAGAGCUGAGAUGAGGACUACUGCAGGAGAAAAUCAAGAGAUGGCAGAUAAAAAACAAAGUAGACCCUCACGCAGCAACGACCGCCGUGUCGCUGUUCGUGGUGAAAUGGGGCUGGUUGGUAUUCCGGAGAGCCAAAGGCGUGCUUUGCAGAUUACCGAGAAAAAGAUGAAGAGGAGGGAAGCAGUUGCUAAAGCUGCACAGCGAUACGCGGCGGAGCAGGAGCCAAUUAAGGCAAAGUACUACAAGACAGAAGCUCCUAUAUACCAGGCUGGAUAAUCAAGCUCAAGGCCUUUUAUAUACUCAACCGUUCCGCUUCCCUAUAUUUGCGGUAACCACACCCUUCCCAGGAAAUUCCUUCAUGGAAGCCAACAAACUCAAUCACGCAUUUUCUCCUGGAGGAUGAGGAAACCGCUUUUCCGGUUGUAGAUAAUCCUAAUAAUUCGGAAACUCAUACGCCUCAAAACGCGUCCCGGUAGCAUCCUCAGUCUUG